UUGGUUCUGGGCACCGGUCGAGUGUCGGUCGGUGGGUUCAGUAACGGACUCUGAUGUCAGAGGAUGGGGAGAAGAACACCUGCCUCUGCGUGGGACAUGGAGCGCUUGAGUGGUGAAGCACUGAGUGCAGAACCUGAUGACUUCUUUGACAUUUUGGAGGAGAGGAGGCGGAGCAAUGACUUAAGCCACGCCCUGCGGAGCUUUAACCCUCAGCGGUACCGUGGAGCCACGCCCAUUUCAGCUGCUGCUCUCAACAGGAUGGUGCUUGAAUCCCAGUACCUGAGCUACAUCAUACAGGAGAUCGUGGUUGAGUCCGAUGAACCGCGUGAGGCAGUUCAAGAGGAAGCGUCUGCGAUACUGGACGAGAUGAGUCAAAACCUUCAGCUGGGAUUCAUUCGACUGCUGGGCUUCGCAAUGACCAAAGUUUUUAAAAGCGUGUUCAGCUCUAUAUAUGUCAACGAGGAGGGACUCACACGUCUCCAGCAGGCCAUUCAGGAGCAUCCCGUCAUCCUAAUGCCCAAUCACAGGAGCUACAUGGACUUCCUUGUUCUGUCCUACAUCAUGUUCACUUAUGACCUCUCUAUCCCCGUCAUUGCAGCCGGAAUUCCUCUGAUGGGGAUGAAGCUGAUUGGUGAGAUCUUUCGACGGUCAGGCGCGUUCUUUAUCCGUCGUGCCAUUGGCUCAGACAAGCUGUACUGGGCGGUGCUGUCUGAGUAUGUCAAAACGAUUGUGCGGACAGGUUAUGCUCCAUUAGAGUUUUAUGUUGAAGGAUUACGGAGUAGAACGCUGAAAUCUCUCACACCGAAACUAGGAAUGAUGCACAUGGUGUUGGAGCCCUUUUUUAAAGGAGAGGUGGUUGACCUCAGUCUGGUGCCCAUCAGCAUCAGUUACGAGCGUGUGUUGGAGGAGUCGCUUCUCGCUCAUGAGCUGCUGGGUGUGCCUAAACCAAGAGAGACCACAGGGGGUUUGCUGAAGGCCAGGACGGUUCUGAAGGAGGAUUACGGCUGCAUGCACGUGUGCUUUGGAAACCCUGUGUCUGUUAGAGACCUGGUCAAAGGAAAGAUAAACCGCAGGCAGUACAAUCUGGUACCCAGAGACCUGCCCAUGAAGCCCAAUAAGGAGACACAGGAGUUUGUAUCUGGUCUAGCCCACAUGAUUAUCCGUUUGCAGGAGAGAAACGCGGUACUGAGCGCCUGGAACCUGAUGGUCAUGGUUCUCCUCCAGAACCUCCAGGGCAUUGAUUUGGACCUGCUGACCAACAAAACCCUCUGGGUGAGGAGAAUCGCCCUGCAGUUUGGAGCCCACAUCAGAUGGCCCAAGCACGUUUUGGAUUCUGAAGUGAUGUCAUCGAGCCUGACCCUGCAUCACUCAGUAGUGCGCUGUGAGAGGGGGCGUGUCUAUUUAGUGGAGGAGGCGGUUCAAGAGGAGGGCGUGUUCAGGCGUGCUGCUGCUGUGCUCAUGUGCGCCUCCUACAGGAAUCAAGCAGUACACGUAUUCACACGGCCAGCUAUGGUGGCAGUAGCAAUCACAACAGCUGUAAGCAGCAGGACAGAUGACGUCUUUCAUCAUUUUAAGUUUCUUCUGGAGCUCUUUUCCAACGAGUUUGUCUUCAUUCCUGAUCAAGCGGUUCAGGACUAUGAGGAGGGCUGCUCUUUGCUACAGCAGUCUGGUGUGAUCGGCCGCUCUGAUGAAGAGGUCUAUGUGAGAGACAACGGCCAGGAAAGCAUCGUCUUCCUCAGAGCCAUUCUGCAGCCUUUUAUAGAGAGUUACCAGGUGGUGUUUAGGUACCUGUGUGAAGAGAGCUCGCAGACAUUCAGAGAGAAGAUGUUUUCAACCAGCAUCCGCAGUUUCGUUAUGAAGCUCCUUAUUUCAGGUGAAGUUCAGUCGUAUGAGGGUUUAUCAUCCGACCUACAGAGGAACGUUCUCUCAGCUUUGCUCAGGAUGGCUGCUGUGACCAAAACUAAAGUCGACGACCAGAAUGAGUUUCGAGUGAAUAAAUCUGCAGUGAAGAGAAUAUGGGACAUGCUGAAUGAUGGAUGGACCCCUCGAAUCAGUGACGCCAGGCUGUGACGAGAAGAAUCGGACAGCAACUCUUGAAUCUUUUAUUUUAGAAGUGCUAAUAAGUAUUAUAAAUGUUUUUAAUCUCAAACACAGAGUAAACCUGCUGUAGCAGCUCUAGAUGAAGAACUUCAGCAAUUUUGGACUGUUAUGGCAAUACAUAUGAUUUAAUUUUGUGAAAAUCAUACAGACAAUAAUGGUAUUUAACAGCUAAAUAUGCAUUUGAAGAUAUUCUUAUCUUUUAAGUAUGUUUAUCAAGCAAUUAGAUAAUCAAAUAAUUGCGUUAAUGGAAUUUUUUUAAAAUAUAUUUUUCUAUGAUAUCAUUAUAAUAAAGAUUACUUGAUUAUGUACA